AUGACGAACACUCAGAUGAGCUUCCCUGAGACGAAAGAGGAGGAGCGUCUGCGUGCGUCUAUCCGUCGUGAGGGACAACAGCGGCGGAUGAGAGAGAAGCAGCACCAACGAGGGCUGAGCGCCGGUUACCUGGAGCCCGAUCGCUAUGACGACGAUGAGGAGGGGGACGAGUCUGUCAGCCUGGCCGCCAUCAAGAGCAAAUACAAGGGGGAGGAGGAGGAGGAGGAGAGACACAUCCACAUCAAAUACAAGGGAGGAGGAGGAGGGGGGCUGAGGGAGGAGCGUGCUCGGAUCUACUCGUCUGACAGUGAUGAGGGUUCUGAUGAUGAUAAAGCCCAGAGACUGCUCAAGGCCAAGAAACUAGACUCUGACGAGGAAGGGGAGAGUUCAGGAAAGAGGAAGGCUGAGGAGGAUGAGGAGGAGGAGGUGGAACAGAAGGCAAAGAAAUAUGUCAUCAGCGAGAGGGAGGAGGAAGAUGAUGAAUGA